CAGCUUCCGCUGACGUUAUUGCGCGCGGCCAACGGCUCACCGAUCCUGGUUGAACUCAAAGGCGGUGACACCUACAAUGGCCGGGUCGUCAAUUGUGAUACCUUUAUGAACAUGAAUUUGCAAGACGUCAUUUGUACGAGCGCCGACGGCGAACACUUCUCCAAGCUACCGUCUUGUUAUAUUCGUGGCAGUAGCAUCAAGUAUUUGCGCUUGCCACCGUCCUUGUUGGAAACCGCCGCGGCACAGCAGGAAGAAGAAGAACGAAAUUCGCCAUUUCGUGGUGGACGAGGACGCGGGCGUGGGCGGAUGGAUUCCUCUGGUACGGGACGUAGCGGUGGGCGUGGCCGGCACCACGGCAGUGAUCAAGGUGGAAGAAGCGGUGAUACCGGAGAUUCGGGCCGAGGG